AGAGAGAGAUGGAAGGAGAGAUCAACAACUUCAUCAAGGUAUGGCUCUCAGUCUUCACAUCUCUAUGCUACUGCUAUGGUAUAGCCAAGAUUGUACCCAAAGGCACACCAAGACUGCUCACAAUAGUCCCUGUGGUGUGUCUCUUCCUAGCUUUGCCUCUCAAUUUACACACUAUGCAUCUUGGAGGCACAAGCGCAUUCUUCAUUGCUUGGCUUGCCAACUUCAAACUCCUCAUGUUUGCAUUUGGUAAAGGCCCUUUAUCACACCCUUCAAUCUCUCUCCUACAGUUUGUUGCAAUCGCUUCUCUCCCAAUCAAAAUCAUACAAAACCCACCUCUUAAAACGUCAAAAAAAGGCCAUAAAUCGACUCUCAAUUAUGCUAUCAAAUUUAUUCUUUUGGUGUUGUUAGUCCGUGCGUAUGAUUACAGUGAAUAUUUACAUCCAAAGAUCACAUUUUUGCUGCAAUGCUUGCAUGUAUACUUUGCCUUGGAGAUCAUACUAGCGAUGAUUGCAGCCCUGGCUCGGACACUUUUGGGGUCGGAGUUGGAGCCCCAGUUCGACGAGCCAUACCUUUCAACCUCACUGCAAGACUUCUGGGGUCGAAGGUGGAACAUGAUGGUGAGUCGCAUUCUGCGCCCGACCGUGUACCAACUCACCCUCGGUCUCUCAACGGGACUUUUGGGCCGGAAAUGGGCCCCUUUACUAGCAGUUUUCAGUACAUUUAUGGCGUCGGGCCUGAUGCACGAGCUCAUAUUCUACUACUUGGGUCGCGCAAGGCCCACUUGGGACAUCACGUGUUUCUUCUUGCUCCACGGGCUGUGCUUGAUGGUUGAGAUUGCGGUCAAGAAGGUGGUCACGGACAGGUAUCAAUUGCCUCGGAUCAUCUCUGGGACACUGACGUUGGCUUUCGUGAUGAGUACUGGCUUUUGGCUGUUUUUCCCGGAGUUGUUUCGGUGUAAUGCUUUCGAAAGAGGGUCUGAGGAGUACGCGGCGAUGGGCUCGUUUGUGAAGAACAUUGGUCGAGCUUUAAUGUUUAAAUCUGUAAAUGGAACGAGUGUUUGGUCUAUUUAGUAGACACUUCACGUGUUGCCUGAACCACAUUCUUGGUAAUGUUCAUCCAAUAAAAAUGUACAAUUAAAUAAAACUAAUCACACCUACUUAUAAAUACCGCCCUGAACAAACUAU